CAACCGCCAGCGAUUUGUACUGUAUCAUCAUCGAUCUACUUCACCCGACUAAUACUGCUAUUCCGAAUUGACUAUCAACCACCAAACCAAUUAAUCCACCCCCUUACCCUUCUUUCUUCGUGAUCUCAAAUCCAGAGACAAGGGCAAAGAAAAACCCAGUCAUGCCCACCAAACCCACCACUACCACCACGACGCCCCAAAAAGGCUCCCCUCAAACUAAACGCGUCCUUCCAGACGCUCAUCUGCGCGCACCUCGUGUAGUCACUGCUGCUGCGAACGCGAGGGUGGGAGCAGGAGGAGCAGGCGUAGGCGUGGCCGGUCGAGGCCCUCGCUCGCAACCCCUCCCCGUCCACGAUAUCCGGCAAACCAAGGAGUACAAAGCCGCGGCGAGGAAGUGGCUUUCGACGAUCGUGGCACUGCCCAUCCUCAUGUAUACUUCUUACAUCCUUUAUGAGCGGACGUUCGGGAAUCAGAAGCCGAAGCGGUUGGUCGGCGGGGAUGGCCGGGUGAAGCACGAUCAGGGGUUGUUGGUUGCGCAGAGCAGCAGCAGCAGCAGUGAGGUUGUUGAGGCGGAAAGGAGGCAUGAGUAGAUACCUUAGUCUUUGAAUAACUCCUGGUUUGCCGGGUGGGGUUUAGGGCGUUGAUUUUGUAUAUACUAUACAUUCUUUACGGUUCAUCUG